AUGGAGGACGUAGAGACAGCGAGUAGCGGUCAUACGCAGCGCCCGCGUGGCGGCAGCCUCUCGCGCUACAUGGACGGCCGGAGUGAGCGCAACCGAAGAAACAGCAGCAGCAGCUGCAGCUCCGAGCACGAGAACGACACGCCCAACGAGUACCAGUCCGAGAUCAUGGGCAUCAUCGCCAUGGAAGACAAGGCCAAGGCCAUUGACCGGCUCUUGAAUCUCGAAGUCGAGAUGAUCUUCGACGGCCUAGAAGAGUCGGAGAGCGGCCUCCGCAACUGGCUGCUGCAGUACGACGUCGUCAAGGAGGUGCUUCUCGUCUUCUCGACGCCCGUCGUCUUUCCGGCCGCGCCCAAGUUAUUUGCACAAAAGGUGUUCGACGACAUGGAGAACGGCAACAACGGCGCCGAAGACCAGACAUACUCGCUCCCGACGUCUGAAGAAACCACAUCGGGCGAAGAUCCCGUCGCCGAGACCAACUCGGGCGAAGCCACAUCCGACGAGCCGCCACCCGGUCUUCUCGCACCGCCCACACCGCGCGUGCUCGCGCCCAAGCCCACGACUGUCAUGCCCAACUUCAAGGUCGAUGAAGAGUAUGGAUACUACAAGCGCACGUUUGUGUGCUCCGAGAUCAUCAUGCGCGUCUACACGGGCGACGAAGACUUGUACGAGUCGUUCCGCAUGUCGUCGUCGUCGUCGGGCUCGGCGAGCGAGGAGCUCACGUUUGGCUGCCAAACGCUCGAGGAGCUCGAGCUCUGGCGACUCUUUUUCGUCUACUUCUCGGCCAACUCGACGAUCGACGAAGUGCAAGCGGCCUUCUACUGCAAGGCGUUCAUUCGCCUCCACGACGCCUACUGCCUCGAAGACGGCUACGUCCAAGUCGUGCUCGAGCCGUACAUGCCGGCGCUCCUCAAGCACAUUUACCUCCCGACGAUCAAGCACCUUCUGCUCAAAUUGCUGCAGUCGUACGAGAGCAUCCACCCGCUCACGGGUGUGCACGACGCGAUGGAGGCCGUCGCGCCGAUGCUCGUGCAGGCGCUCAAGACGCCGAUCGCGCUCUCGUCGCCGUUGCUUGCGAACGACAUUGCUGCCCGCGAGAACGUGUGCCGCCUCAUGAUGGAGAUGCUCCAGGCCAACCAAGCCGACCGCCUUGGCUCGUUCCUGCGCCGCGAAGACAACCAGUUCCUUGCCAAGUACUUUGUCCGCGAUCAAUUUGGCACGAUCCGGGGCAUCGAAGCCGUGACCGAAGGCUACCACAACUUUCUCCAGUUCAUGCUGCUCGAGGAGCUCGGCAAGGACGUGCAGGCCAACGGCGGCUCCAUGCUCGAGACGAUGUUCCAGGCGUCGUACGACCAGCUCCAGGACAUGCGGUCGUGGCCCGCGUCGCUCACCGCGCCUUGCGUGCUCAACAUUCACGUGACAUCGGAGCUCGUCCGCAUCUACUGCCGCAACUGGCGCGCGUACGAGACGAAGAAGCGGUCCGAGCAGCCACCGGCCGCCGACGUCGACGUCGACGACGAGGAGGAGACGUCCACGACGUCGUCGUCAUCCCGCAGCUCGUCGCCCAACCCGAACGCGUCGGUCAUGUACGAGCUGAGCGGGCUCAAGUCGGCGGACGGUCUCUGGCCCAAGCUGCGCCAGCUCACGCGCUCGUGCGCGCCGCACUACGUGACGCUCUUCCAGCACAAGGACUUUGCGCUCCCGACGUCGGUCGAUGUCGGCCUCGCCAAGCUCCUCUAUCGGUUGAUCACGGCCCAAGACCCCGACAUCGACGCGGCCUUGGCGGCUGGCAACCUCGUGCCCAAGUACGUGCAGCUGCUGCAAGACAAGCCGCAGGCCGACAUGCUCUUGAUCCACGUCGUGUCGGCGCUCCUCUACCUCAUCACCGACAAGUCGCGGUGCCGAUCCGCUACGUGCUCCCUCAUUGGGAGCAUGUUUUCGCUCAACCUCCUGGACGUCAUCGUGCACGUCUUCAACGACCAUGUGGCGAGCAAGCCGUACUUCAAGGUGCUCAAUGAUGCGAUGCUCGUCAUGUCGACAAGCGAGCACCCGUCGCCGUCGCAGCGCCGUAUCGUGGAGCACAGCAACAAGCACGCAGCGUGGCAAGCCCUCAACAGCGAGUCCAAGCGCCGAUUGGGCCUGCGCUCGCAGCCGCCGGCCGAGUCGGUGCACGAGCCGUCCGAGAAGGCGGAGAGCGACGUCUCGCCCGACGAAGCCCGCGAUGUUGUGGCGUACGACGAGGACGACGACGAGGUCAAGACCGACCUCAAGGAAACCCCCGGUGACGACGAAGGGCCGUUGACGCCAUUGCCCGAAGCCCCGGCCGAGCCCGAGCCGCCAACCGCCGAAGAGCCGCCGAAGCGCACGCGCCGGCUCUCGAUUCCCAAGUCGGCUGGGUACCUCAAGAACGUGCUCUCGUCGCCGGCAGCGUCCGUCAUGCGCAACGUUGGCGCGCUCAACGCCCGCCGGUCGUUCACGGCCCGCGUGAGCACGCCGACCGAGACGUCGGCGACGCCCAACCCGUCGACCAAGCCCAACAUCAGUCAUGGCGCCGCAUCCCAGCUCUUGGGCUUUGGCACGUCGGUGCUGAGCAAGUUCAAGUCGCGCAUGGUGACGACGUCGCCGCCGCCGUCGUCGUCUCCAGCGUCGCCGGGCAGCCUCACGUACAAGCGUUCGCUUACGUCGCCGUUCUCGCGCAAGCCGUACGAAGCGUCGGCGCACGCGUCCUUGCUGGUCCUGGACACGUCGCUCGGCGACGAUGUGACCAAGUGCGCCGUCUAUGACGGCGGCGUCACGGUCGCGACCAAAGACGAAUGCGUCGUCGUGACGAGCGGGUACAUGUUCAAGAGCGGCAUGCCGGAUGUGGGCAAGCGCCACGUCUGGGAGCGCUACUACUUUGUGCUCGAGCGUGGCGGCGGGCUCUCGACGCUGAGCUACUACGUGUCCGAGUCGCAGGCCAAGCACCGGACGCUCGUAAAGGGCGUCGUCGUGCCCACGAGCGUCUGCGAAGGCAUCCCGAUUCGCGUUGCCGGCAAGCACGAAGUCCACGCGUUCCAGUUCAACACGCAAGGCCACGGAGUCUUCUGGGUCCUCGUCGACUCGGAAGCGACCAAGAUCACGUGGCUUCAAGAGCUGCUCAUGGCCAUCACGGGCAUUCCGUUCUCGCCCAAGUCGGCCAACGCUAUUCUGUUUCCCUCGAACGCGCAAAAGAAGCUGUCGACCAAGCAAAUGAAGGCGAUCGUAGCGUCCUUGUACGCGCACCUGUUUUCGGACGACCUCGAGUUUUCCACGCAAGCCGUGCGCCCGGGUCUCCCGACGCCGGACGCCAUCUCAACGAGCGUCCACGGGUCGGUCGUGCUGAGCUCCAACCUCCCGUCGAGCGUGCCGUACUGGGGCGAGUACCACGGUCUCCAGGGCCUCUGCCAGUUUUGGAAGCUACGGGACGAGACGGUCGAGCGGCUAAAGGGCCGCGUCCUUCGCAUGGUUGCGGACGAAGACGAGAGUACGGUCGUUGUCAUGACGUCAUCGACGAUGCGCAUCGUGCACAACGCCGAGGUCGUUGUCGAAGAGUCGUGCGACAUCAUCGAGCUCAACGAGGGCCUUAUCACGUCGAUCCACCUCAACUUUGACUCGGCGCAGCUCGCGACGUCCUUCCUCAAGGCGGGCUUGGACGGCUCAUAG